AUGUUCUCAUUGAAUUCUAUAAACACCCAAAACCAGGUUUUAGUUAGUUUUAGUCAAUUAUCAGCAAGAUAUUCGAAAUAUUUUAGACAUAGCAAGCAAAGGAGUGUGAAAAACAAAAAUGUGAAGGGUAAAGAGGCAUCAUGCACAGUUUAUGACGCAACAAUUUGUCCGGAGAGUUUGCAGCAAACAAUAAAAAAUUUCGAUAAGAAUGUCAUAAGCGAGAUGAAAAGUAUCGAGCUGCGAGGAUUAUCGAUCCCAGCACGGCGUUUGCCACGUUUGCGUGAGCUGUGCUCAUCGCGGAAGGUGUCACAUGUCUCCGCAGCCACCUUCGAUGAGAACAAGAAUGGAUGGACGCCAGCGCCCACUGUCGCCGUCGACCUGACACCAAGGAGUACCAAAAUAAGUUGCUCAAACAAUUUCGUCGGAUUGCUAGCUCAGAGCAUAUGCAGUAACAACUCCUUUAAGUAUUCGAUCCAGGUGCGUGGGUUCAAGACGGAGCGCAGUAUCCACGCGGAUCUCAAACGUAACCCCAACCUCAUCAACAGACUGCGCUUAAAUGCAACCGAACCACCAGAGAAACAUACUUCUAAUAACCCUGAUGUUGCUCCUCGUUUGGAGAAGCUGCUCACUGAGGAGUCGCACCUCACGCAUCAACAGAAAGACAAAAUCAAGAUAGCAUUCGCUGAAGGUUACCUUGCGGGGUCUCACCCAGACAAUGUUCGUGGUACGAAGGCUUCAAAAUACUUAAAGCUAGUCCAACAAUUGCUCACCAUUGUCCUGUUCCUUGCCAUCUUCGUGAGUCUCAUGGCCUCCGUCAGCGGUACUGUUUUCAGAAUUCAGUUGGGCAACCAAGUGGAAGUGGACCCUGAAGAUAUAUCUGUUACGUUCGACGAUGUGAAGGGAGCUGACGAGGCGAAGCAGGAAUUGAAGGAUGUUGUGGAGUUCCUGAAGUCGCCGGAGAAGUUCUCAACGCUGGGCGGCAAGCUGCCCAAGGGCGUGCUGCUGGUGGGCCCGCCCGGCACCGGCAAGACGCUGCUGGCGCGGGCCGUGGCGGGCGAGGCGCGCGUGCCCUUCUUCCACGCCGCGGGGCCAGAGUUCGACGAGAUCCUCGUGGGGCAGGGCGCGCGACGGGUCCGGGACCUCUUCAAGGCAGCCAAGGAGCGCGCUCCGUGCGUGAUCUUCAUCGACGAGAUAGACUCAGUCGGCGCCAAGAGGACCAACAGUGUCUUACAUCCCUAUGCUAACCAGACGAUAAACCAGCUGCUAUCAGAAAUGGACGGCUUCCAUCAGAACGAGGGUGUGAUAGUGCUGGGCGCUACCAACAGGCGGGACGACCUGGACCAGGCGCUGCUGCGGCCCGGCAGGUUCGACGUUGAGGUGACCGUGCCGACGCCGGACUACGGGGGGCGGCGCGAGAUCCUGGAGCUGUACCUGGCGCGGGUGCGCGCCAACACCGACGUGGACUGCGACGUGCUGGCGCGCGGCACCACCGGCUUCACCGGCGCGGACCUGGAGAACAUGGUCAACCAGGCCGCGCUCAAGGCUGCCAUCGACGGUGCCAAGAAUGUGACUAUGAAGUACUUGGAGGACGCUCGGGAUAAAGUACUGAUGGGUCCCGAGCGAAGGUCGCGGCUGCCUGACGAGGAAGCCAACGCCAUCACCGCCUUCCACGAAGGUGGACAUGCCAUUGUGGCUUAUUACACUAAGGACGCGCACCCCCUGCACAAGGUGACCAUCAUGCCCCGCGGGCCGUCCCUCGGCCACACCGCCUACAUACCUGCCAAAGAAAGAUAUCACGUUACAAAACAACAGCUUCUAGCGAUGAUGGACACCAUGAUGGGUGGCCGAGCGGCGGAGGAACUCAUCUUUGGACCCGACAAAAUCACAUCAGGAGCGUCGUCGGACCUGAAGCAGGCGACGUCGAUCGCGUGCCACAUGGUGCGCGAGUGGGGCAUGAGCGAGAAGGUGGGGCUCCGCACCAUGGAGGCCCCGCGCACCUCCGUCGCCUCCGCCGAGCAGCUCGGGCCCUACACCAACGAGCUGGUUGACGGAGAAAUCAAGAAGAUCCUUUCAGACAGCUAUGAGCGCGCCAAGCUCAUCCUGCGCACUCACGCCAAAGAACACAAGGCGCUGGCAGAGGCCCUGCUUAAGUAUGAGACACUGGACGCAGAUGACAUAAAGGCAAUAAUGAACGGAGAAAAAGUAAAGGUUGAACGUCACACUAAACCCAGCAAGGAGCCCAUAACAGCCCCCACCGCCCCAUCCGGGGCUCCUCUGCUGGGCACGCCCGCCCCCGCCUAA